UUUGUUUUCUUCACAUUGGAUAAGCUAGUUCAGAAAUUUGUCAAGCAUCAUCAUGCGGUUGCAGAUGAUGAGACAGAUACCAAGCUACUGCACCUAUAUGCAUAUGAGAACUACAGAAAACUGGGAAGGCUCUUCGAUAUUGUAUUUAAUGAGAAUGCUCUAGCACUUCCUCAUGAUCAGAACAUAUCCUGGAUU